CGAAACACUUCCUUCCAGCAAUCCUCGGUUCGCCUCAAGUGUUUUAGAUGCAAACAAAACUGCAGCUAAAAGUCCAGAAUUCCUGCAAAACGAACUAAGUUAAAAUGGAAUUGCAAAUCCUUGCAAUGAGCGAGGUUCUGGAAGAGCCUCUGCAAAAGUAUUACACAAGUUUUGUGAAAAAGGAGCCAGGCGAAAAGGGUAAGAAGCGCACUUUACAGUUGAUGCUGGAACAGCUUCUGGAGUUUAUUCACAGUCGAGACGAUUUGUUUGAGAAUUGCUUCAUCCAAGUGGGAAGUAUUGCUGACGGAACGAAAGCCGAGGCUGUCGAUGAACUUGAUGUACUGAUCCCCUUGCGGAAAGAUAAACUCCGGGUUACUCCGAAUGACCCGAGUUUGACUACAUUCUCCAUCGACGAGUAUGUCAAUGGCGGCUGGAGGUGCCUUUCUCAUGAUGAAACUGUCUCGAGACUGUAUCAUUUGGUAACAGAAUACAAAGAGAAAUAUUACAAGGACGACCCUUCCUUUGCAGUCAGAAAAAAGACGGUCAUAGCUGCAGCUUUGCCGCUGAAGAUUGACUGGAUAAAAAUUGAUUUGGUGCUCUGCAUUAAAAAUCCCCUUCAGUUCUCUGACAUGAAAUGGCCUUUUCCAAAAUGGCUGAAUGGUCAGUCCAAGUGGCUGACCUGUCAACAACAAGAAUCUGUCAGACAAAUGGGGAUAGACAUGACAUGUCAUGGAAUACUCUGGAGGCCAUCCUUCUCAAGGAUCGAUGCUUAUUUAAUUGGUGUAAUUGAUAGCAAAGGUGGUUAUCGGAAGAAAGCCUUCAAAAUCUUAAAAUCUCUCAAUGGCUACGAUUGGACAGUGGAUCAAUUAUGCGAAAACUACCAGGGAAAAAGCCGACCUUUUCUUGGGUCCUUCAUGAUGAAGAUUCUCUAUUUACUUGCUAGGGAAAAGUAUCCAGAAUCUCAUCACUGGGAUACACUGGGAAGGUCAUUUUGCAACUUCUUGGACGUUUUAAACCAAUGCUGUAAUGAGAAGCGCCUGGAUCAUUAUUAUCAAAUAAACAACAACCUCUUUGAACGUGUUGCUAAUGAAACCUUCAUAUGGUUACAAAAAAAAAUUCGCAAUAUUCUGGAAAAUCCAGAAGAGGAGCUUUCCUGAACUGUUUGGAAGAAAAAAGAACAUAAAGGUUUAAUUAAAUACCAGGACAAAAGGAAUACACUAUACUUUAAUAAUCUAUUUGCUUCAAUUAACUAACUUGUUAACUAAUAGUUAGUUUGUCGUAAACUAAUAGCUUAAACUAAUUUUCUUGAAUUAAAUAUCUUGUUUGCAAUUUGUAAACCAAUGGCUGCUAGAAUUGCCUUAGGCAUUACCCCCCAUUCAUCUACAUUAAAGUAAAAGUAAACUCGCCAUAGUUUCACCAGGCCAUAGAAUUGCUACCUCAUUAAGGAGAUGGCUGGUGGUGGUUUAACAUGAGGGUCACCACACCUCAGGUGGGGGGAGAGGCUGAUGAAGAGAGUCCUUCACAGUAACCUCCACCAUUGUAGGAAUUGAAGUCAUGUUGCUGGUAUCAUUCUGCAUUGCAAACCAACUGCCCAGUCAACUGAGCUAACCAGUCCCCUUAUCUUAGUCAUAAAAUCCCUACCGUGUUGAAGCAGACCAUUCAGCCCAUCAAGUCCACACCAACCCUCCGAAGAGCGUCCCACCCAGACCCACACCCCCAUAUCCUUGUAACCCUGCAUUUCUCGUGGCUAAUCCACCUAGCCUAGGUAUCCCUGGACACCGUGGGUAAUUUAGCAUGGCCAAUCCACAUGACCUGCACAUCAUUGGACCUUGGGAGGAAACUGGGGCACCUAGAUGAAACCCAUGCAGACUCAGGGAGAGCAUGUAAACUCCACACAUACAGUCACCCAACGGUAGAAUGAAACUCGGGUCCCGGGCACUGUGAGGCAGCAGUGCCAGCCACUGACCCACCACACUGCCCCAGCUGCUUUAGUUCUGAUAAUUACUAAAGAAUACAUAAAGUCAAUAUUACAGCUAAUAAUUGGGAGAAUUUCUAUCUUUGUUAUCACCCAAACCCCAAUGUGGCCGUUUGUAAACUGUUUCUUGUGUAUUAUACAGCAGGCUGCAUUUUUCUGCAGCAUUUCAAAUCCAACAUUGGGGUUUAUUUGAGGCCUGAACCCAAACUAGUCUUCAAAGUGCUCAAAGGUAUGAUUUUACCUGAGGCGUGCUCCUCUAUUUGGACUGUUGUACUGUUCUAUUUCUUUCUCUAAGCACAAUCAACAAUUUAACAACACCAUAAUCAGAUCUUUAUCUUCAACAAGCUAAUGAUCCAAAGUUCAAUAAAAUUACUCAAUUCAG